AUGCUCCUAUUGGCUUCAGUAAGGCAUAAACGAGUCCUCACGAAGCUUGAUGUAUCUGCAACUUACAGCAUCAAAAGUGACAGAAACGGGCACUUCACCUUCAGUAGCCGGCUCCUGCCUCUCUCUCAAAAUCCCUCUGUGCUGCCAUUCAGAAGCUGCCAGCCUGGAGUAAUCAACAGUGGAAGAUGCAGGAGCAGUGCUUCGGUGAAAGAACUUCUGGGGUUGGCCUCCUGGCGCAACGAUGGCCUAGCGCAGUCGGGCCGGAACUAUCGCGCAGUCCUGUGCACCGAGCUGACAAAGCCGCUGAUCAUCAGGAACCUUCCUGCCCCUUCUCUGCAGCCCCAUGAGGUCAGGGUUGGGGUCCAUUACUGUGGGGUCAAUUUUGCUGAUAUCUUGGCCUGUAAAGGUCUGUACCAGGAGAAGCACUGUCUUCCAUUCACGCCUGGAAUGGAGUUUUCAGGGACAGUGGUGGAGACCGGAGCCAACGUCAGCACAGUGCGGGAGGGAGACAGGGUAAUUGGUGUGAAUGGCAUGGGGGCGAUGGCGGAGGAGUGCGUAGCUGAUCAGAAGAUGCUGUGGCCAAUCCCAGAGGGCGUUUCUUAUGAGGAAGCUGCAGCGUUGCCGGUCUCUUACGGCACAGCCAUUUUGGCCCUGGAACACAGAGCACGCACGCAGCCCGGGGAAACGGUUCUAGUGACGGCAGCCGCGGGGGCCACGGGACUCGCUGCUGUUGACGUCGCCGCCAACGUUCUCAAGGCCAAGGUGAUAGCAGCAGCUGGAAGUGAUCACAAAUGCAACCUGGCCCUGCAGAAGGGUGCAGCCCACAGCGUGAAUUACACCCAAGGGAGCUUGAAGGAAGAGGCGAGGAAGCUCACAGAGAACAGAGGGGUCAAUGUCAUUCUGGAUGCUGUAGGCGGGGACGUGUUCAAGGCGGCGUUACAUAGUUUGGCUUGGGAGGGCAGGAUUGUGGUGGUGGGUUUUGCUGGAGGCGCAAUCCCCUCUGUCCCAGCCAACCUGCUGCUUCUGAAGAACGUUUCUGCCCUGGGAGUGUUCUGGGGUCGAUACCGGGAAGAGGACUUCCCUGUGUUUUCCUCGUCCCUCUCCUCUGCUCUUUGGUACUGCCAGGAAAGACGGAUCCGACCUCACGUGGGAGCGGUCUUCAAACUGGAAGAGGUGAAUGAAGCUUUUAGUCGUGUAACCCAGCGCAAGUCAACAGGAAAGGUCAUCAUCUCCACUAAAUAAAUCCACCUGCUUCCUCAGCACAGCGCCUGCCUGCUGCUGUUUACUAAUUCACAGAAUUACCCUUCUGGAUUAUGGAUGCAGAUGGCCACGUUGCAUCUACUCUCUGAUUUCUUAUCUGGUUUUGUCUACCACCACCAGUAACGUAGAGGGCGUCCGGGUUCUUAACGUUAAAUGACAUGAUGGUAUAAAUCCUAGGGGAGACAAGGUUUCACUGCGACGGAAAGAGGGGGAAUAGAUGCAGACCAGUGCAGUUAAAACAGCCGUAACCCAGACUCUCUCAAAGAAUUGCCAUCGUGAAAUCGCCUUAAGUCUCCUAUUAUGAGCAGCAUGUGCUCAGUGUAAUAUACCUGUAACCUCCUUAGAGGCUCAGAGCAAGGCUGCAGGCUCUUUUUUCCAUAGUGUAGCUCCCCACUUAUCAGAGUGUUUAUGUUGGGGACACCUCCCCAUUUCACUGGCCUUUGUGCAGACUCCCCCCAUGUUAAUGGUUGCAUGGAUCAGUUUCCUUCCAUUGGUGAUGGUCUAGUAUCUUAGGGUCUGUCUACACUGCGUCCGAUGCCAGUGGACUUGGGCUUGCGGGGCUGAUCGGCAGAGGUGUAGAUUUUCAAGCACAGGUUGCAGGGUUCCAGAUUGUGGGCUCCGUUCUGAGCCUGAAUGUUUACACUAUAAUUAAGCAGACUCUUAGGCCGAGUUUUUAAUUGCCACCCUUGUGUCAGCCACUGUCCUGACUUUCCUGAUGUUGCCUUCCCACAAAGGCAGUGUGAUUUUGCUGCUUGUAAUGCAGUGUAAGAGCUGGAACCGAGGAGGGGAAUUAGGGCUCUGUGGCCAGUCAGAUCGUCACUCACCAUUGAGAGGAGCUGCCCUGGGUCGAAGGGCAGCAGCAGCGUUCCUAUAUGCAGCCAUUACAAAACAGUCAGCUAGAACCAGGCAGCGUGGAAUGGGAAGGCAGGGUUGAAAUGAAGAGACUUGAAUAAAACGUGAAGUGGGGGGCGCACCAUUUUCCCACCGAUGUAUCAGACCCACGGGUGCAUCUCGCCCGUCACCCUGCUUCGGCAUCGGCUGGCAUGGCGUCAGGAGAACCAAACAGUCCCCCAGUUAUUGCUGGACCCGACUGCUUACGCGUGGGAGGAACGGUUCCUCGCUGAAUCCUGUGUCCGCCAGGCUUGGUCCCGAGAGGUGUAAUUAUGCAGGUGGUUACCUUGGUGAGCGACUUGCCUGAGACAGUGUUAACAAGCAGACUUGGCUCCCUCGCGCCUGCCUAACAAGGGCUGAACCCGCGGCAUGCAGCAGAAUGCGCUCGGGAAGAGCUGCUGGAUGUGAAAAUACCUAAAUUCCUCCCUGCAGCUGCUGGCUGCUCCGACUGCCAACCCAAAUUCCUGCACCUCUGAACGUCCCUCAGGCACGAGCGCGCUCUAGAUGUACAACAAGCCUUUCGGUUUUCUGGACGUGGCUUUUGCUGCGGCUGUGGAUAACAUGCUGUCUUCUUCGAGCCUUCGCUGCUACCCUGGCUUCUGGAGGAACCUGGCAAUGUCAUCCCUUCCAAACACAACUGAUUCCUCAGAUUGCCACCUGCUUCCUGCCACAGGAGACGGUUGCUUGUUUGUGUCCUACACACAUGCAGACAGAAGACGUCUGCCCGGACUAGCUUGUUCAAAUACACUUCCGAUGAGGUGGUCCUCGUAGUCUGUACAACUCAGUCUCAAUCUGCGGCACGUUGUGACUGCAGGGCUGAGUCUCCAUGUGCUUUUGUAGAUGCAACACGGUUCUGAAGUGCAGGGCUCUGCAUGGCUAACUGGACUCCGCCGAGUCAGCGUUCCCAAGUGCGCAGUGGACAGACUAGCUCAUUUCAUCUAUGGGGGAUUUGAACUCAGGUCUCCCACAGAAAACAUGAGUUGGGUUAUCUGCGGUGUUGCCUAGUCUCCCCCCAGUGAGAUCACUGGACUUUUUCUCGGAACCAGAUCUUUCUGACCUUAGAGUCUAAACCAGUGUUUCUUAAACUGUGUUCUGUGGCACACCGAUGUGCCGUGGAGAACAAUAGAAUUCAAAAUGGCUGCCCUUAAAGGGGCAGCUGACUUUUUUUUUUUUGCU